CGGACGCAGCGAGCAGACAUGUCGUUGUUGACCGCGGUGACGGGGGUGACGGCGCUGGCCGUGGUGGUGGGCGUCGUGGUGCUGCUGGCGCGCUACCUCAGGAGCUACCUGCACUUCCGGAAGCUGGAGCUGGCCAUCCCCGGGCCGCCCUCGCUGUUCCUGCUCGGCAACGCGCUCAGCUUCUGCGUCGUGACCCCCGACACGGUGAUGCGCACCUUGCUGGCCGUCAUCGGGGGCCGGAGGCAGAUCACCCGAUUCUCCCUCUUCAACAACCUGACGGUGUGGCUGCAGGACCCCGAGGAGGUCGAGGAGAUGGUGCGCUCCAAGAAGUUCGCCGACAAGCCCAGCUUCAUCUACAGCCUGCUGCACAUCAUCGCCAAGAAGGGCCUGAUCCAGCUGAACGGCGCCGAGUGGAAGGCACACCGUAAGUGGCUGCAGCCGGGCUUCAACGUCAACGUGCUGCACCGCUUCGUGGACAUCUUCAGCGAGGAGGGGAGGGCCUUCGUGGAGCGCGUGGAGGCCGACCGGGACGUGGACGUCAUCACGAACCUCAAGAAGGCCUCCGUGAGGAACUUCCUGCGCACCUCCAUGUCGUCGGACACCUCCGAGUACGAGGACGAGGCCAUGGACUGCUGCGCGUUUCUCGAACUCUUCCUCCGCUCCAUCAACAACCGCUCCUUCAACCCGAUCCUCUGGUCCGAUCGAGUGUUCGCUUGGACUCCGCUCGGGAAGAGAGUGCACAAGGACAAGCAGGUCAUCGACAAGCUUUGCAACAGGUUCAUAGAAAAGAAGCGGGCCGAAAUCGGAAGCUUCAAGAACGAUAGCGAUUUCGAGCAAGCGCGCAAGACGCUCAUGGACAUCAUGUUGGACCCCCCGACCGGGUCGCAAGAGCUCACGGAGGGCAACGCCAUCCUGGACGAGUUCAUCACGUUCUUCGGCGCCAACGUGGAGACGACCGUCUCGGCGCUCGGCUGGACGCUCAAGGUGCUGUCGCUGCUGCCCGACGUGCAGCAACGAGUGCACGCCGAACUGGACUCGGUGUUCGGGGACAGCGACAGAAGCGUCUCCGUCGAGGACCUGGCUGAGCUCCAGUACCUCAAUCGCGUGAUCAAGGAGGUGAUGCGCAUGUUCCCUGCCAUCCCCUUCAUCGGCCGGCAUUGCUACGAGGAGACCAAGCUGUGCGGCCACACCAUCCCGGCGGGCACCCCCGUCUUCAUCAGUAUCUACGGCGUGCACCGCGACCCCAGGCACUGGGACAGGCCCGAGCAGUUCGACCCGGACCGCUUCCUGCCCGAGCGCAGCAAGGACCGCCACCCCUGCGCCUACAUGCCCUUCAGCAUGGGGCCCAGGAAGUGCAUCGGGGACACGUACGCCGUGAUGAACAUGACCACCUUCCUCGCCACCGCGCUCAGGGACCUGGAGGUGCUGCCCGUCGGCGACCACAAGGACCUGCAGAGCCUCACCGACAACAUGACCUUCGACCUCUCGUCCCACCUCGUGGGCGGGACGCGAGUGAGGUUCCGCCGGAGGGGCGCCAAGGCUGCACACUGAAUGCUUGUGGAAUUAAAGUCCACACUGUGAAAAAUUUGAGUCGUCACUCGAUGACAAUUUCAGAGCUAAUUUUCCUUACAACAAUGUCAUCAAAACAGUUGAUGACAUUGUUGUCACGCCCGUGCAAUAAGUAUAGGAGCUUGUAUAGAAAUGUCAUCAAUUUGUGAUGAGAUUUUUAUCAUAUGAAAGUGAUGAAAGUAUCAUCCAGGUUUCAGUCGUAAAGUGACAACAAAUUUUAGCAGUGCAAAUUUCUGGGCACCUUUGUCGCCCAGUCUCGGGGUGCACAAGCCAUACAGCAACUGGCCCUCCCUUAUGGUAGAGCAUGCACAGGUGCCCAGUUCCUGGGCGAGCAAGGUGCCCAGAUUCUGGACACCUUGUUUUUCUGGAAACUUUCAGGUAAUAACCAGGCUGGUUAACCAGGAAACGUUCUUGCCGUGUGGGCCGUCCUUCGUACAAUAAUUGGGGUGAUUUAAUACAUUUCAAAGAACUUUUUGGGUAAUUUUGCCAGAUCCCGAUAUUGUUAUCACUUGUGUGAUUUCAGAGCUCUGUUCAUUCGAUAAAUAAAUAGGGUACUUUCGUAGAAUCCUGAACCGGAAGCAAGCAGACCAGCAGACGCCAAAUUGGCCGGAAACUAACCUCUCUUCGGAUCCAAAACUAUAGCCGAGCUUGACAAAUAUUGCUCGCGAAACACAUAUGCCCAUAUGAAAAAGAAAGGCUCCAAAAACAGCCCGAGCGGGGGCUAUGUCCGAAAACGGUUCCACCGGACUGGUCCGGCUGACAUCCAGAAUGUUAGAAAUCCGGCAAGGUUUCGGGUGUUGUCCGACGACUAGAUUCGGACUCUUUUCGGACUAACCCGAAGCAAGGCCGGCGAGCAGGGCGGGCUGCUCCCCGCCGCCCCCCACCCUUCCCCUCCCUCCCGAAACCCCUCUCCUCCCUUCGGAAUCCCCUCCCCUCCCUCUGCAAGUGCAGUGCAGGCAACACUGCAAAGCCGGUGCACUUGGCAAGCCGUUUUGAAUGUUGAAAAUUGGCAAGCCUGGACCUGAAAUACUUCCGAGUUCGCUAAAUUUGGGCAUUGCUGGCGGCCGAAGCGCUAAGUUUGGGCAAACUGGAAGAUUUCAGGUCAGGGCUUGCCAAUGUUUAGCAUUCAAAACGGCGUGCCACUUUUGUGGCAGGCAAACUUGGCACCGGAUUUGAACUUACGAUAGUAAUCAAGUAGUUGAUAUGUAGGAUAAAAAUAAUUUCCGAUGGAAAGCACUUUGGGGACGAGAGUGCACGGGGAAAGGCGAAUUAAAUGAUACACCUCUCGCCCUCGCACCGCCCGUCCCUUUAGUGUUGGGAGAUGCACACAGAACAGCAAGCGUAGAGUCACUAGCGUCCUAAACGGUCAUCAGCCAAAAAAAUUUUCUAACUAAAACACACUUCUUUCCGUCCAACUGGCUCGUUCCCAGCACAAGGCUGCGCAAGGCUGCAGCGCGCGGAGGCGACAUGGCUUCAGCGCGCCGAGCGAGUGGACUCUGACGCAGGCAAACGCGAUGCGUGCACCUUGGAGGGCAGCUGGAGACUGACGUUUUGCGUGCCGAGGCGGCCAAAACUUUCCGAGUUGCCGAAGGAUUAAGGCUCCCCUCCUGGCCGAACCAAUCAGAGAGCGCCUCCGACCGGCCCGGGCCAGCAGGCUUUUCCGCGCCUGCACCGGCAGGGACAGUCCACCACACUCGGCUCGCUGCCGAUCGGUCUGCCGGACAAGUCGCUUUCGGGACUAGGGUCUACGGGCUCCGUACGGGCUAGUCCGAUGGAAGCAUCAUCUGAUCGGGCAUCCAUCGGGCAGUCCCAGUCCCGACGCGGGCUCGUGGCGGACAGUCCGACCUGGUCUCGGGCGCUCUAUGGAACAGUCCGAGGGUGUUCGGACUGAUUCGGACCGAUUUCGACCAGGUUUCGGAACAUUUCGCUUUUAUGUGGGUGCACUGCAAACAAGUAUCAAACAACUGUUUAUGUUCAAGUGAGCCGAUACGUUUGACAAACGUCUCUUUCCCAUGUCAAGUUUGGAUCUACUUCCGCCAACAUGGCGUCUGUGUGCUUCCGGUUCAGGGAUCUACGAAAGUACCCUAUUUAACGUACCUGCACUGUACACCUUUUGAUAACAUUCGAACCUGCCUGCAUCUUAAUAUGAGUUCGUAUGUUGUGCACUCUCAACUGUACUUUGAUUCCUCACUCUGCUGGAGUGUGGUUGUAUUUCUAGACAAUACAUCGGAACUUUGCCAA